AUGUCCUUCACUGGCAGUACAGGGGAUGUUCUGCAGCAGGUCAAUCAGUUUGUGUCCAUGUUGGACGAUCUUUGUGAGAAUGAUCCAGAAGCCUACCACAAGUUCAUUGAGAAACAGAUGAAGGAAGGAGCUGAAUAUAGUGCACCGCCUGAGCUCCACUCAUGUAUGUGCACUGACGUACUGGAACCACGGAAAGGGUUGCUUUACAUUAACAUAUGCAGCUGGAAACGAGUGCCUGCAUGUCAGGAUCCCAGCAAGCCUUUACCUGUGUUUGCAGGAAAACUGGAAACAGACACAGAUGAAGGUCAAGGCUGGUAUGCUGUGUUGGAUGUGGCAUUAAACGCCUCAGUGCUACAGGAAAGUAAGAGAGACAAAACAGAGAUGAACCAGGUUUAUCUGCUGGCACUGAGCCUUGCCCAGCAGCAGCAUGGGUUCAGGUUAUCGCACCAGUAUACCGUCAUCAGCCAUAGCCCAAAAAGUAGCCUGGAUGACUUAUACCACCGCCUUGGGUUUCAGCAGAGGCCUAACACAGCCAAACAACCAGAAACAGUCUGUCAAACGCCAGCUGCCCUCCUGCAGCAGAUCUCCUCUCUACGCUCAGAGAAACAAGACAAAGACCUGGCAGCACAAAUUAUCCCUCGACCUGCGGAGCACAAAAAGAAGGGUUUGAUCCAGGUCAUUUCCACUACAUUUGAGCAGCCUCAGAAGCCAGAGUUCCAGCUGGAGGUGAAGACUGAUACAGCGGGAGUUCCUCGCAUCGUGGAGCUGACAGUAGAGCUGCCAAAGGUUUGCUCCAUGUCAGAGUGCCAACUGAGAAUUUCCAAGGACGAUGUCUUAUUGGAAAUGGAGGAUGUCUACUAUUUGCUUUUGGAGUUCCCAAAAACUGUAAAUGAAGACACUGCAGUCGCCAUAUUUAACAAGAAGAAACGAAAACUUACUUUAAAAGUGGAUAUUUUAUGA